CAGAUGUUUUCGAAUAAGAAGAUAAAAACUGAAGAGGAGAAAGAAAAAAUAAGAUUCAUGGAAUUAGAGGCGGCCUUCGAAGAAGAAGAAUAUGAAUAUUAUUACGUACUGAAGGAAGCCUCUAGGAAGGUCACAGAGCUUACCAGCGAAGCGAAGAACAAGAACACAACUAAGUUACAUAACAGUUUGUUUCAAAUCGUCGAAAAUUUAGGUGCUAAAUUAGAAAAUAUUAAAAAAUAAAUAAUGUUUCAAAGUA